AUGGGAAAGGUGUGGAAAUUGCUAGCCAACUGGGAAAGCCAUCAAUCCCACUGUAAAUUCCGUUCGGUGUCAGAUUUCCGAGAUCGACCCGAUUGGACAAUGUCUUCCUGUUGCUGUUGUUGUUGCUACAAGGACGAGGAUGAGACGGGAGCAGAUUACGAAGUGUACAUGGUGGAGGAUGGAGAUGAACUGCAGAACAUGGGCGUUCGUCGCACCCUGGAAUUACUCCGGCGCUUGAUGAGCCAGAAUGGUCGACCGUAA